UAAAGACCAUAUAUUGAUUAACACGAGCAAUUGGUUAUGGAAGGACGUAAUCCUAAAUAAGGGUUAAAUGGUUAUUGGUUAUUGAUAAUGAACGGAUUUAUCCUUGUACGGGUUUGUAACCAGUGAUGAAUAAUUAGACUGUAAUUUACGUUACAUUUCCCCCGACUAGAAGUUGAAACAGUCCCUUGUUUCAGUUUUCACUGUUGCAAAGUCGUUGAUUUCUUGGAUCCUUUAGUCUUAGAGGAAGUUGAACGCCAAUUCAAUGAUGAAGAUGAGCUUUCGCAUGUUGUACGGGUUUGUAACCAGUGAUGAAUAAUGAGACCGAAAUUUACGUUACAUUAAUUUGAAACAGAAAGCAUUUUAUUGAAACUGAUCUGCUUAAAGUCAACUCAUCUAAUCCGUUCAAGUCAAAAUAUCGAAACACAAUUCAUUUUUCUAAAACAGAAUUCAUUUUUAUCGGAACACUAAAGGCUAUUUCUAUCUCAAGACUAGUCCUACACUUUAAAUGGAUUCGAAGCACUUUGGCCUUAGGAUGAUAAACAUACUAAUUUCGAUAGUUUUUUCGAUAAAAAUGACUUGUGUUCCGAGAAAAAUGAAUUCUGUAUCGAUAUUUUGAGCAAAAAAGAUUAAGCGUCUUAACCUAAAACGGAUUAGUUUCAAUAAAAUGCUUUGUGUUUCGAAUUGUUGAUUUUUUGUUCCCUUCCAAGUGAUUUGACUGUAAAUGUUUUUAGUUAGUUGGGAUGAUAUUCCCUUUCUCCCAAUUUUAAAUUGAUAAAGUUCUCGUAUAAAAUAAUAAAGUAAAAGUGACAAUUGAUAAAGUGAAUCAAUAUUACUUCAAUCAGUUUCCCUCAAAAUUUCUGAUAUGAGUGAAAACGCCAAAAAAAAUCACCAUAGUUUCCCGAGUUAAUCAAAGCCACCAAGGUGAAUAUGAUCAACACCAGGAUUAAUGUUAUCAUAACCCCAUGGAAAUAGUAGUGAAAAUAACCAAUGAACUUAACCUCAGACUGUAAGAAUAGACUUUGACUAGAUAACUGUUCAGGUUGGAUGUCAGAGUGAAAGCAAAUUCUGCUCCGUGUAACUGUUUAUUGUCCAAGAACAUUUUCAAUUAAUGUUUCAUCAUUUUAGAUUGCUAAUUGAUUUACUGUUUAAUUAGAAGUUGAUAUUAAUCAAAAUGUUUUUCGAAAAAAUAACUUACCCUAGUGCAAAAAAUCCUCCUUUGAAGAAAGAACCAAACUGCUCAGUAGUUCCUGAUGAUCGAACUUAUUACAUUAACCCCUCGAACCAAUCGACCACUUUGCUACCACCGAUCGACGAAUGGGAUGCGGGGGAUCCUUGUUUACCCUAUGGAUGGGAAAUCGCCUGCGACUCGGUGGGAAAAAACUACUACAUCAACCAUAUCAAUAAGACAACAACAUACGAGGAUCCACGAAAGGUUGAUCAUUAUGAACCACCCGAACCUCGGGAGGUUGAAUUGGUUAAAGAACCUGAGAGUGACUUUGGAUUUAUUCUUGGUUCGGAAAAUCCGGUGGUUAUCCGCUCAGUCCGAGAAAAAGGCCCAGGAGAGGGUAAACUACUCGCCGAGGAUAAAGUACUUAAAGUCAAUGGUGUUGAUGUUUCUGAAUUACCUCGAGAUCAAGUGAUGGACAUGAUUUCGGCUGGUGACUCAGUUAAACUAACGGUUUGUCAGCCCAAUUCGUCUCGUUCAUCGGCCAUUCUAACAGCCGCUAAAAAAGCUAAGGCACAUUCAUCUCGAGUUCGAUUCGCUGAUGGAAUCACCAUUAAAGGCUUCUUUCCGUUCCAAAUGGUAAAUGCAGCCAAUGAACUGAUUCCAAUUCCUCAUAUAUUGAAAGUUCAAACGGAAAUCGGUGUAACCAAAAUAUACAGAUUCGGUCGAUCGAUAACUGUACAAAACUUUGUCGAUUCUCUAACGAAAAAGCUUGACCUUCGCUCACCAGAAUGCUAUGCUCUGUGUGCGGAAGUUUAUAACAAUGCGUACGAACCAAAAAGGAUCUCCAUUCUUGACCCCAAAGAAUUGGUUUCCAAAAUCGUAAUUCGACUUCGUAGAGUUAAGAAACUCCGAUACAUGCUCAGGUUAACCUUCCUGCCGAAAAAUAUCAAGACUUUUAUCGACUACGAUCCAAAGAGUUACGAAUAUUAUUACACCCAGUGUGUUAAUGAUCUAAUUCUGGACAGAUUUCCACUCGAUUUAUACAAGGAACCAUUCGUAGUGUUCCGUUUAUGUGCUCUUCGAGUUUACGUACACGCUUUGGAAAAUAAGUUGAUCAAUAAGCGAGGAAAAGUUAAGAUGAAAAAUAUCGAAUACUUUUACGGUUUACCUCCUUUCGUACCAAAAUCUUACGUCGAAACAAUGUCACUUUCAUCAAUUCGAACGGGUCUCAAGAGACAUAUUCCAAAGUAUCGAGGUCGAUUUCUAAAAACUCAGAAGAGACUCACCGAAGAAGAGGUGAAGACAAAAUUUCUAGUGACCAUCAACUACACGACUUGGUAUGGAAGUAGGUUUUUCCCCUUGAACAAUCGUAUCAAGCCAAAUCAAAGAUUAUGGUUACUCAUAUCACCUUUGUAUGGGAUUUGCCAUUAUUAUUAUGGGUUCAGAGUAAACGUAAAAUCCUUGGGGCUUAUUGAAGAUGUGACCGGGAUGCAUUUUCACAAAGAAGAAGAUGGCAAUUUUACUGUCAAGAUAAAGCUGAACGGACCAAUUGAAGAGCCACCGCUCAUUUUCAAUCUCAAUUCUUGUGAUACUGAACAACUUUAUCUGACCAUUAAAUAUUACCAUCAAAUUUUCACUGAAGAGGAAAAGGAAAUAAAACAGAUUCACACCUAUUGGAAUGCUGGACCUAAAUGGUGGACUGCUUCAGAUGUACUAUUAUCACGGAUUGCUCCAAGAUAUUAUGGUCCACACAUGGUUAGAGUUGCCCCCUGGUCAUAUCCAAAAGCAAAUCCAAAUGAGUUACGAGCGGUUGACUUUUCCAAGCCAUUGAAAUCCUCAAGUCUUGAUGAUAAUGGUUAUGAAUCAAAUAGAGAUGAAUAUGAUCACCAAACCUUCAAGCCGAUUUCUGCUGCAGCAAGUAUUUCCUCCCUUGAAACGGAACCAGAGGAGAGUGGGAGAGAUGAUCGCACAGAUAAUCCAUCGGAUUAAGCCACAUUCUAAUCACUUUGUUAACCUUUUCAACUAUUAAUACAAUAAUUGAUGGGACGAAAAACGGACAAAAAUUUUACAAAAAAAAAGUUCCCAAAUCAUUUGAUCGUUUUCAAUUAUCCAUUUAAAUGUAAAAGUCGAAUACGAAAUUGAUUAGUAAAAAAGAUGAUUGUUUGAAAAUCGUUUUCAUA